AUGGCCUCUAGUGACGCUGUGCACAUGAUGUCCGACGUGCCGUCGUCAUCGGCAGUGCAAAGACGACACAUUGCCUUUCCCUCUUCGUCGUCGACUCGACCGAGAGGACCUCCAUCGGAUAACCUCGGCGCGGCUAGUGAUGAUGAGGGCGAUGCUUUCGCCGACGACCAAGUCCCACGAAGUUCACGCAUCCCCGAUGCCGCCAGUGUCCCCCGUGUCGAGGACCGAAUCGGAGUGCUUGUUCAAGAACAUUUUGAGGCAUUCAUUGAGAGUUUUGCCGAAGACCCUUUGUCAACCGUACCAACUUCGAGUGCUGUCACUACAGACAAAUACUAUGUAGCACAAAUUAGGUCGAUGAAGAAUAUGCAGCUCUCUACGUUCUAUGUUGACUACAAGCAUCUUGCCGCGUGGGAAAAUGGCAGUCUGGCUGAUGGAGUGAUGCGCCAGUACUAUCGAUUUUUGCCUUUUCUCACGGCAGCUCUUCACAAUAUGAUUGCAAAAUACGAACCGCAGUACUUUCGGGAACAUCGCCAGCCAACAGGGUCGAGCGCGCUCUCAACUUCAGCAGCUAGCCAGCUUGGUUCUGCCAGCCAGAGCGACGCCCCCCACCGAAAGAACGAGCACCAGCAAACAGAUAAGCUAUUCUCAAUUGCCUUCUACAACUUGCCCCUUGUGUCACGGGUUCGUAGCCUGCGGGCAGUGAACAUUGGACAGCUCCUAUCCAUCUCUGGGACGGUCACUAGAACUUCAGAGGUCCGACCAGAAUUGUCACUAGCCACAUUUGUUUGCGAGGCCUGCAGAGCUGUUGUGCCAAAUGUCGAGCAGACAUUUCGGUACACGGAGCCAACUCAGUGCCCCAAUGGAACUUGCUCCAAUAGAGUAGCUUGGCAGUUGGACAUUCGGCACAGCACUUUCGUCGAUUGGCAAAAGGUUCGCAUUCAGGAGAACAGCUCUGAGAUCCCUACCGGUAGCAUGCCUAGGACUCUAGAUGUUAUUCUCCGCGGCGAGAUUGUGGAUAGAGCAAAGGCAGGGGAGAAGUGUAUCUUCUCCGGCGCUCUUAUCGUCGUCCCUGAUGUGAGCCAGUUGGGCUUGCCGGGUUUAAGACCCACGGCCAUUCGCGAUGACCGGGGGGCACCUCGGGGCAAUGACGCUGGCGGAAGUGGUGUCACGGGUCUGAAAGCCCUGGGUGUUCGUGACCUCACAUAUCGCCUUGCUUUUCUGGCUUGUUUCGUUGCCCCCGACACUUCGAGCUCGGGUCAACCUGCGGCAAACAGCGCUGCUGACAUAGUAAACGCCCUCACUCAAAGUAAUUCAGUUGAAGGGGCCGAUUCUAUAGAGGAUGCGCAAGCUGCUGUUCUAGCGUCGAUGAACCCGUCAGAGAUUGAGGACUUGCGGGCAAUGGUCCAUGGUGACCACAUAUACUCCCGUAUGGUACAGUCCAUAGCGCCCAUGGUCUAUGGCCAUGAAGUGGUUAAAAAGGGCAUAUUACUGCAGCUAAUGUCAGGUGUACACAAGACGACGCCCGAAGGAAUGCAAUUGCGCGGAGACAUUAACAUAUGUAUCGUUGGGGACCCAUCAACAUCCAAGUCCCAGUUCUUAAAGUAUGUCUGUUCGUUUGCUCCACGAGCCGUCUACACGAGUGGAAAGGCAUCUUCAGCUGCAGGCCUCACUGCGGCAGUGGUCAAAGAUGAAGAGACAGGAGAAUUCACCAUAGAGGCUGGUGCUCUGAUGUUAGCAGAUAAUGGCAUCUGCGCUAUUGAUGAGUUUGACAAGAUGGAUAUAGCGGAUCAAGUUGCCAUCCAUGAGGCAAUGGAACAACAAACAAUAUCCAUUGCCAAGGCUGGCAUUCAAGCAACACUUAACGCUCGAACUAGUGUCUUGGCUGCUGCGAAUCCUGUCGGCGGGAGAUACAACCGCAAGGCGACAUUAAGGUCCAACAUCAACAUGUCAGCGCCAAUCAUGUCUCGAUUUGAUUUAUUCUUUGUCAUCCUCGAUGAGUGCAAUGAACAAAUCGAUAGACAUCUCGCAGAGCAUAUUGUCGGCAUUCAUCAGCUGCGUGACGAGGCCGUCGAGCCCGAGUUCAGUACCGAGCAGCUCCAGCGAUACAUUCGAUUUGCUAAAACGUUUCGGCCAGAGUUUACGGAUGAAGCCAAAGAUGUUUUGGUUACGAAAUACAAGGAAUUACGAGCUGACGAUGCCCAAGGGGGAGUCGGCAAGAACUCAUACCGUAUUACGGUACGACAAUUGGAAAGCAUGAUUCGCCUUAGCGAGGCCAUCGCCAAGGUGAACUGUGUCGAGGAAAUUGACGCAAAAAUGGUGUGUGAAGCAUACGACUUGCUUCGUCAAAGCAUCAUCUCAGUUGAGCAUGAUGACGUGGAAAUGAUGGAGGAGGACGAAUCGCAAGAAGACGGCCAAGUUCUUCGCCAAGCUGCGGAGGCUGCGGCUGGGAGACAACCCGACGACACCAUGGCAAUGGAUGAGGAGCCGCCCAGUGGCCCUUCGCCGGCUGAGAGCGCGGAUAUGAGAAAGAAACGAAUCAUUACAUACGACAAAUAUAUCAAGAUAGUCAAUAUGAUCGUGCAACGAAUCAGCGACGAUGAGAAUGGAAGCGGGGACGGCGUGGAUGGUGAAGAUCUCAUUAAUUGGUAUUUGGAACAGCAGGAGGAAGAGUUGGAGGGUGAAGAUGGCUAUCACACUGAAAGAGCUCUUGCCAACUUGGUCCUGAAGAAAAUGGUCAAAGACAACAUUUUGAUGGCCCUCCGAGGAGAGGUUUUGGACGGUGAAAGCUCGUCUAGUGCCGCAGGAGUAGUUUAUGUCCUUCAUCCUAACUGCGCCGUGGAGGAGUUCUGA